UAAGCCGAGGAGAUACCAAGACAUUCACGCGGUGACCAGCACGAAUUAACGAGCAUUACUUCCAUCAUAAUUAGACAUAAUAGGCUGUAUCCUAAAGGGACCCUGAUGGACAAUGCAAUAAUGAUAUCUGUGAAAGUGUGAUAAAACUAAGAUUCCCCGGAGAGGAACAAUUAGUAUUUUAAAUCCAGUUCUGCUUUUUUCAUGAAGAAAUCAACACGAAUUGGGAUUUAUCUUUUCAAGCGGUCUUGAUCACCACAAACUUGCGAUCGGUUUAAUACCUUAUUUCUAUAUCAAGGUGACAAUAUUCAUUUCCUUUGUGGACUAUCAAUAAAUGGAUUGUUUUAAUUAUUUUGAUUGAAUUAUCGACAUGCACGGAGAACAUCAUAUUAUAGAAAGGGAGAUCACUCGAAAACCAAGAAAGCACUGUUGGCGCUUCUCUCUUUGUAUACACGAAAACAUCUAAUUAUCUUUUGCUAUAUCAAAAAGGAAGAACAGGAGAGAUUAUUUUGCCAAACAAGCCAAAUCCUUCCUGGUCUUUUCCCCUUCAUCCUAAGUCGAAUUUCCUGUGCGUUUAAAAAACGUACUCUCGUCCAAUACCAUGCAGGAAAUGAGUGCGCUUAUCUAAACGAAUUUCUUUGGACAGAGAGAGUUCUUCCAAAUUCCCAGGGAAGUCUUUGUUUUUCAAGACCACCACCAAUCCUCGACCAGCUAUAGCUAAGGACAUCCUUAUAGCCCAUUGACCCGAGACCACAUGUGAUUGGAUAGAACUCACUCAAUGAUCUCACGAAUCCAGGGAGAGAAAUAUGAUUAUCAUAAGUGAGCGUGCCUUCUUUUUAACUACGCCCAGAUAAGUGACGUCACAUCACAUUUUUAUCAGACAUGAUGAGAUCCUACUGAGUUCAUCAGUGGAUGUUCAUCGAUGAGCGAGAGAUGUUACCAGCUUAACUUCAGAUCAUCAACUCUUCAUUUCUUGUCAGGAAAGGAAAACAAACGCUGUCAUUUUACAACGUAAGAAAUUUUGCAGGAUAUGGUGAUAUAUUGUAUUUGCUGAUGUGCAUCGGUGUUGUCAUGCUCUGUUCGCAAACGAUUUAUAAACUAUAGGAUUCCAGCUCUGAUGCUAGUUGUUGAUAUUUUCUAGCUUCGUACGCGUGAAUCUUUGUAAAAGAAAGUUUGUCGGAAAACAUUACAAUUUUGUCAUCGCAUGAGAUUAAUAGAACGUAUUGGCCAUAUCCUGGCAAGCUGUAUUACCUAAAUGAUACGCAUAUGUUAUAACGUCUAACCGGACAGUGACUAAUUAAAAAGAUGUUGUUAUAGCUGGACAUAUGGCGGGAAUUUUCUUGCAGAGGUGAUAUCGGUAUCGAAAUUGUGAUAAUCGUGCAAUGUCGUCUUCAAUAUAACACUUCCUCUCCCCUGAACAGUUUGUGAGUUUAAAGUGAUUUGAGACAUAUCACAUACUUUCGUAGCGUGUGCGUGUCUAAUUCUUCUUCACAAUAAUAAACCUUGGAGGGUUUUUCUCGAGGUGACACUUUAUCGAGAGGUUUCUAGUAUAGCAAGGAGUUGUUACAUCCUUGGUCAUAGCAACGCUUUUGAUUCCGCGGCAACUAUCGAGCGGCUUACUCGAAAAUAAGCAAGAUCUUGAAGAAACUCUCAAGGAUACAAUCAUCAUCAUAUUCACGGAGCGACUAACGAGAGUGAUUCUGAAGUAUCUGAACCUCGCUGUUUUGCUCACGAAGAAGCUAUUAUAUCAAAAUAUCCAUAGUUACUGCUGCUAAAUAGAUUUCUAUUAAUGACAGCGAGGAAAGAAUUUAUAGCAACGGUGAUUUGAAAUUUAAUAAAUUCCAAACCUGAGGUCAUAAAUCUACACGUUUAUGGAUAUUUCACAACCAUUAGUCAGAUGUAUAUCAUCAACCUUCGUAUGCCAAAGAAAGUUUGUCUUAUUUAGGAGUUCAUCAUAGAUUGGACGAGUGAUUAAUGAUCUUCGCGGUGGACUAUUAGUAUAAUGAGGUGAUACAACAAGCUUGAGCAAAUUUUGUAAUCUGCAAGCCAGUGCAAGGUAUAAAUACAAGCAAGCUAUAGCCUUAUCAUCUCCUUGCGAUUCGUCGGUGCUGAUAAAGCGAUUAAAACGUUAACAUACCGGUUGGAUAUCUUCACUAAUUGCUGUGUUUUGUCUCUACUGUGGAACUCUGGAGAAGGCAGUUUGAAAUAAAAGAAACUAUCAUAUCAUGACAUUCAAGAACGCAUCAGGAACUAGCGAGAUUAUAUUUCAAUUUUUGUUUAAGUGUAAGUCGCUACGAAGACAGGGGGCCUGUCCUAUUUUCUCUGUGGUGUUAAUUAACCGUUAAAGUUACAUUUCCUGGAAGGAGUACGACGAACCUAAGCGUAUAUUGAUCUAUUGAUACACGAAAUCUAUAUGUCGAUCGAAGAUCCCUUAGUUUUCAGAAAAGAGGGCCUUUCGCACACCGUUUUAACAAUGUCUGACGGGGAUAUUUGUCCGCCGGGGGUGAGUUUCUUUGACGUUAGAAAUCUUUCAAGCGAAGAUGCAAGCACGUUUCUUUAUCAGCCUGGUGAGACAGUCCUCAUCACAAUCGUCAUGCCAAUAAUAUGGGCCAUCGGCGUCAUCUCCAACAGCGCCUUCAUUUUCGUCGUCGCCCGUAUUCGUCGGAUGCGUACCGUCACCAAUUACUACCUCCUCAAUCUUGCCGUCGCCGAUAUCAUGUUUCUCUGUUUUGCAGUGGGAGAUAAGGUCGGUCGUUAUAUCGCGUCCCCGGUUUACAACGACCAAUACGGCUUGAAGACGGCUGGAUGCGUACUUCUGAACUACUUUGUGCAGCUCUCUUACUAUGGAUCCAUCUUCUUGGUGACGCUGGUAACCCUUGAGAAGUACUACGCAGUGUGUCGACCUGUUCAGCACCGGUUAAUGAGCGGACGCAAACGAACAAUCCGGACCGUAGCUGCGGCAUGGUUGCUAGCUACUGCCUUCGCGGCAAGCCUUAUCCCAGGAUGGGCCAAUUGGACCCCGUUUUGUUUCUUGUGGCCAGAUUUUGAAAAGUUCGACUCCUUACCAAAUCUGGUCGGCUACUGCCUUCCACACUCUGACGUUUUUCUGUCAAUAGGCAACGGCCUCCAGACGAUCCCGUUUUUUGUCGUCAUGAUUCUCAACUUCCUUAUGUAUGGGCUCAUCAUACGCGCUGUCAACACGCGCGUAGCGGUACGCGAAAAUCAACUUGCGUCGUCCGCUGUGCGUAGUAUCCAGAUGCGUAACCAAGUGGUGCGCAUGCUCAUCAUAAAUGGUGUCAUCUUCUUCAUUUGUCUAGCUCCAUACCAGUGCUCUUCGUUUGCCAUGAUGAUCACGGCAGCCACUGAGAACUACCUUCUCUCCGGCGAUCAGGUGGAAAAGGUCAUGUGGACCGGUCGGAUCCUCUCUUACAUCAACUCGGCCAUCAACCCAUUCGUCUAUACCUUCGUCAACCCCAGGUACCGACACGCGUUCUUCGAAGCAUUCGCCCUCUGUCCGUCGAUCAAACGACACCUGGUGAAGAAGGCAAAGAUGGAUGAGAAUGGGACGAGUAAUAUCAGCAUGGACCAGUCUGCAACCAUGAAGCGAUCAGAGACCCGCAAAGAGUCAACUGCGACAACCGAUUCUCAGGUGUCCCAGAUUUUCAGUGCAUCGGUUGUGGCAAACGAUGUUGCCAUUUGAAUAAAAGUAUGUUGGAGACAUCGAAGACUUUUGUAGAACUUAGUGAACAUAACAAACUUUGAUAUGAUAUGUGUCCUUAUGUAACAUAUUUAGAAUAACAUGAAAACGUAUCUUUGUAUAAUACAAGAACAUGUCAAUCGUUGGGUUGAGCUGAUGUGCCUCCUUCUGUUUUUAAACUAACUUGCAAUUUGGCAAACUUGACAACUUACAAUUAAUUGACAAUACGGUGGGCUGCCGCGAGACACAUCUUUCCUAUUCCAUCCGCCGGACAAUGAGUACUCCGCUCCCUGCAUACUGAUUUGUGGAUAGGUAUACACCAUUGAGCAUUUCGAAAAAUCCCAUUUUCAGCACAAAAACGAUUUAUUCCCUUUUUCUUGUUGCUUGUAUGUAUUGUUAUGCGUUCUGUUUCGAUAUGAUAUGUCUAAUUUACGUUUCAUUCAUUUAUUUGUAUAUAUUUUGAUAUCUCGGUAUCAUGUUGAAUAAUGUUGAUAGAAAUGAAUGACAUGGUGACAGGCAGACGUGAUGAGUGGGGAGGGCCACUGACGAGAAGGGUCAAGUAUAAUGUGACAUUGUCUACACCGGGGUCUGCACAUAAAAAGAAACCAAAAGAAAAUUGCAAAUACUACUGCAUUAAGUCGGUGAGAAAACAUUUCUACUUUAAUAGUGUUUAGUAAAUCUCAUAUCUGCAAAAAAUCUUUAGGUGAUUUUGGAGAACAGAAAAAAGGGGAAAAGCCUCCCCACCAAGAAAACAAUCAUUUGUUCUUUGAUUUUACUUUGAAGUUCUUAGAUUUUUUAAUUAUAUGGAGCAGUGCAAUAACUGAGAACAAGAACAUUUACUUUUGUUAUGCUAUGUGAUCUUGGUUUGAUUGCUUCGUAUUAGAUUUGGGGGUAGAGGAAGUACAAUGUCAUAAUGCAAAAGGAAGUAAAGUACUUGAGCGAUUGAAAACUGUUUGAGUUAAUAUACAGCACUUGUCGCGACAGAUUGACGGUUGAGAAAUUAAUGUUAAAACAAUUAUUGAAGCGAUAUUUUUUAUACAUUUGUCACUGAUUCUAGUUUAAAGCAAAUGAAAUUGCAAUGAUCAUCAAAUUUGAAGCUUAGACAAACUUGACAGUCUGUUUUGAGGUUUGAGAUUGUUCAGUCGGUCAAAAUAGAUAUGAAAAUGGUUAAAUUGAAUAUGUUUAUCUGAACAUAAAAUGCAACUUUAAGUUUAAACCAAAAACAUUUGAUGUACGCAGUGUUUAUGGGAAUUUUGCGAUACAAAAUAUAAACUAAACACACAAAAAAAUUAUGAGAGAUAUACAAUUUACUUCGUUCCCCGUUUCCUUUUGCUGUAAAGAAGAGUUGGGGUGAACUCGUAUUAUAAAUCAACAAAACAUUAAAUAGUACAUUUAACAUGAUUAUAAUACAAUUUUGCUUGCCAAUGUAAACCUACUCACAUUUCAUAUUGGAUGGGCGAUAUCAUGUCUCAAAUUACUAUGUUUAGCUUGAGGAUACACACGUUUUUUUUUUUUUUACUUGAUUCUUGGAAUCGACUUAAAUAACUCAUAUUACUUUUCUUUUCAUUCAUUUCUAUUUUUAGGAAUAGAAACAAUUUGAUAUUCUUUAUGCUUCUUUUGUCUCGGAGAUUGUGUUUCUUCCUUAUUCCAAGGCAUAUUUUAAUUAUAGCGAACAGCGAGCACUUGAUGAGAAUCACUUCCUUGUACUGGUUUUUUAUUGAUGUACUGAAUUAAAAUGGUAUUUCUUUUCCACACGCCCUCUCGAGGGAUGAAUUAGUACAUAGAAUGGCGGGAAUGACCUCAUGAUAAAUAAUUCACACACUCCAAAAUAAAUUGGGUUCAAUUUUACCAAAUAUGUUGGAUUAUAAUAAAAUAUGUAUGUUUGUUGGUUAAAAUUUAAUGAUAUUGAAUGAAAUAUACCCACGAAAUAGGGUAAAACCGAACCAACAUUGAGUUUAGUAAAGAUUUGCCCAAUAAGUUCCUUUUCUACUCAAUAUUAGGUAAAUUUGAGAAUUUGUUUACAGUGCAAGAAGUUUUAUUCUAAAUAAUUAAUUUCUUAGUAUUCUUGGUUUGAUUUUAUCCGCAAAGAAUAAAUCCAUUCAGACAUGACAUUUAUAACAGAGAAAAGAAAGGAUUGCUUACUUUUUUGUUUAAACAUGUACCUCAAUUCAUGACAGUUGGCAAUUAGCUUCUUUCCAAGGGGGUCUUAAAUUGAUACUCUUGCUUUGGUAUUGUACGCCCACCCCCUCCCCCAAUAAAAAAGUGUCGAUACUUACACAGCUGCAUAAGGAAAUUGCGUGAUAGCAAUAAAUGAGGAUAUCACCCCAUUUCCACUAUAGCUAAACACCCCAAAACAUAGAUGUAUUAACUUGCAAUGGGCGGUGCACAAAAUUCAGUUUUCCGGUUUUUAUUCGCAGAAAGAAAGAAAUUGGCGGGCUGCGGAAAAAAGAUAGGUGUUAUUUCGAAUGACCCCAGCGACUAAGGAAGUGGUAAUGCCUUGAAAUUCAUUUAAGACGUGAAAGUACUAUCUAACAUCCGUUUCAGUCUAUCUUUGUUUUAUUUAUAUACAUGAUAUUAUGCCAUUUUCUUAAGAUUUUGAUUACCGUCUAGUUGUAAAGUGCAUCAAUGAUUUCUGUAAAUAUUUCUUUGAAGUAUGUAUAUCAAAGUCGUUGUGUCUCGUUCAUUUUGCCCGAGCUUACUAUGCUUUAGUCAAUAGGACUCUCGGUAUUGCAUAAUUCCAUGACUGUGUAUAAUACAAUGUCAUGCAGAGUUAUUUGUAUUAUUUUAAAAUGUAAAAGCACGUUUCAAUAAUAAUCGUAGAUGUCAGACACUCUUCGCUAUAUAAUAGUGCUCUUUAGCUUCUUGGCUUUGAUCAUAUUUAGAAGGAUAUCAUAAAAUGUUGGUUUCUAAUGAAUAUCAAAAUCAUUACUUGACAAAGCCCUAAAGGCGAAUAUUUGAAGACAAUUUCUUCGUGUACGGAGCUUCAUUAUUUUUUUUUUUUGUGUGUGUAUUUUCUCGAACACCGAGCAGAAAUCUCUCUCCCUCUCUCUCUCUUCCUCUCUAUUCUUUUCUCUCUCGCACUCCUUUAAUCUUUGUUUCGUCAUCUUUUCUAGCCGAAAUUAGACAGCCCACGGUUUUUUCAUUAAUUUGCUAUCAUUAUACAUUUAGUAGAUGUUUGUGAUGGUACUAUGUUAAUCGUGUAAUUUACCCACUUAGACAUUGAGAAAAAUACAUGUAAAUCAGUUUUUAGAUAAUAUGGCAUAUAUAUAAUGAUUAGACUGUGUUGCAAUGCUGUAUACCAUACCAUUUAUGUGCAUGGUCUUUUAUUGUCUGCAAGUUACAAUAAAUACACUGGAUUGGACUCAAAUGAAA